ACGAACAUAAUUCACCAUUUUUCCGUAUCUUUCAAAACAUAUUAAUUUCUACUACUAUUCCCGAUUUCGUUAAUCAAACACUCAAUUGCCAUCAUGGGCGUCCGACAAUGCGACCCGCGCUCGCAGCUCAGUCUGCCGCCGGGAUUCCGGUUUUUCCCCACGGACGAGGAGCUUCUCGUGCAGUAUCUCUGCCGGAAAGUCGCCGGCCACCACUUCCCACUUCAGAUCAUCGGAGAUGUCGAUUUGUACAAGUUCGACCCAUGGGACCUUCCAAAUAAAGCUCUGUUUGGGGAGAAAGAGUGGUAUUUCUUCAGCCCAAGAGAUAGGAAAUAUCCCAACGGCUCGCGCCCGAACCGUGUAGCCGGUUCGGGCUACUGGAAAGCCACCGGCACCGAUAAAAUCAUCACAACGGAAGGAAGGAAAGUCGGGAUCAAAAAAGCACUGGUUUUUUACAUAGGAAAAGCUCCCAAAGGAACCAAGACUAAUUGGAUUAUGCAUGAAUACAGGCUCUCGGAAUCCACUAGGAAGAGCGGCAGCUCCAAGCUCGAUGAUUGGGUUUUGUGUCGGAUAUACAAGAAGAAUUCGAGCGGACAGUACCGGAACACUGCCAACGUAGGCGGCGUUCUGAGCAAGGAAUACAGCCACGAUUCGUCGUCGUCGUGCUCAUCGCAAUACGAAGACGUUCUGGAUUCUCUCCCCGAGCUCGACGACCGUUACUUCCCCAUGGAUUCGCUUAAAAAUUCUCAACUACAAGAUGAUCAGAAGCUCAAUCUUCAGCGAUUGAGCUCCGAAAAUUUCAAUUGGGCCACCCUGGCUGGGCUCGGCCCACUCUGGCCCGAACUAAUGGAGGCCCAACAAGCAAACGCGGCUCCCACAAGACAAAAUGACACAAUUGCCCCUGCUAAUUUUACAAACACUAACUCGGUUGACCCGUUCAGUGUGCGGUACGCGAAUCAAUCGGGCGGGUUUGGGUUUGGGUUUGGGUUUAGGCAAUGAAACAGUGCAUUUGUGAUGUAAUUUUUCAGUGGUCACGGCUUAAUCCGUUACUACUUUUGGGUUAGACAAGAGAUUUUAAGGAAACACCAUUAUUGUUGAUUUUUCUUUUUUCCUUUUCUAUACGGCCUUUGUAUUCAACACAAGAAAAACAAUAAAAUUUGAAAUGAAAAGCAGUGCUUCUUCUUGGA